AUGGUCAACCGCGGACGCUCCGAAGGCUGCAUGACGUGUAAGCAGCGCCGCGUCAAGUGCGACGAGGCGAAGCCCAAGUGCCGAUCUUGUCUGCGCCUCGGGUUUCGCUGUCGAGGCUACAAGCCCAAGUUUACCCAAUUCAAGUUCAAAGACCAGAACCACAAAUUUUACACAAAAUCUAAUCACAAUGUUAAUUUCCGUGGCGGCUGCGAUGUCGUUGGGGCUGCACCUAGUUUGCGCGCAUCGGCCGAGUCCAACACUCAGGAUCGCGAGGCUGUGAACGCAUUAUCUCUGCAGCGGCUCUCGGAGCCAGAGAGCGCUGUGCCAUUCUUUCUCGGCCACUACGCCAGCAUGGGCCGCGACAUGGGAUCGACGCGCGGCUUCUUCGAGAUGCUCGUCCCCGCCUACGCUUCGCAGCGGCAAGAGUCGGCGCUCUCGCUGGCGGUGUCGGCGUUGGCGUCAGAGAUCUUGUUCGUGUGGCGGCAAGACGCGAGCAGCUUCCGCUCACCGCGAAAGUCUUAUUCUCGGGCCAUUGCACGCCUCUUGACCGCAAUACAGGAUCCCAUAGAGCGCAGUAGGCCGGCAACUGUACUGGCCGUGCUGGCACUGCAGACCUACGAGAAUGCGUCCGCGAUAUACCAUCUUCGUCGGGCGUCGAGCACUCACCACAACGGCGCCGCGUCUUUGCUCUUGUCUAUAGACGCGGAUGGCAUGGACAGCACGGCACGCGCCUACCUACAAAAGUUUAUGCUACAUACCGAAGUUUCGACCGCGAUACGGCAGAAACGGCCGCUGAAGAGUAUUGCAUACUCGUGGAUGGGGAGCAAGGAUACAAGCGCCGUGCCGGAUAACCCUAGCUCGGCGCUUGAUGCCAUAGGGGCGUUCUUUGCCGAGCUUCAGGCCAGCUACACGCAGUUGAUGACGCAGGGUGGUUCUACGACGUCGUUGGACCGUGGUCUGAAAGAAUGGAGGGCCGAGGCCGUGAGGCUUGAUGCAAAGCUUCAGGCGUGGGCGGAGACCGUACCGGAUCACUGGAGGCCACUGAGGCUCAUAAGCGGUCGGGAUUUCGACUCGUCGAUACCUGCCUACCAGUCCGUCUGCGAGGUGUAUCCGUCAUGCCAGAUUGCUAGCGUUUGGAACCUUUGGCACAUCCAACGUCUCCUGCUGGCCAAGAUGAUGCUCGGCUCUCUCAAUGCAUUCCCAGAUCUAAAUUGCUUUGGUUUCGCGUACGGGCACUUCCUCGGCGACCCAAUAGAACUUUCCACCUGCCAACAAACAUUGCAGGAAGUGGUCGACCGCAUGUGUUACAGCAUACCUUUCCAUCUCGGCAACCGAACCACGCGGGUCAGCCUCACAGAUUUCACUGACCCGACGAUUCUACUGCCCAGCGACUGCUCGCUGGAAGGCGGCACACGACAGGACAGGAGUGGUCUCUUUGCGGGGAUAUCGAGGGAUGACCAUAGACGCCAUGUCAUUGCACAGGGGCCAUGGCGCGUCAUGCAUCCGCUGAGUCGCUUGCUCACGCUCUUCUCGGAAGAUGGCGGCGAGGUGAUUGCAAGCCUUCUCAGGCCUGGGCAGCGGGACUGGGUCCGCGAUCAGUUCAUACGUGUUGCCACGUUGCUGCACCUUCCAUCGCAUUCCAGCCAUGACAUGGAGAGAUCUGAAUCGUCGGGAUGCUCUGCAGAUGCAAAGGCUGAGAACCUGGCCAAGGAGAUUAGAAAAGGCGCCAUUCUCAUGAGUGGUCCAUAA